CUAAAAGUACCAAAAUACCCUUCCAAGAGAUAAAACAAACAAGAAGAAAACAAGGAUAUCGUUCAUUCUACUUUUUCUCUUUCCAUCUUCAAAAUCAUAAAUGCAAACCAUUUUUAAUGAAUCAUGGGAACGUUUCAAAGCUUCAGAAAAGCUUAUGGAGCUCUCAAGGACUCCACCAAGGUUGGCCUUGCCAAAGUCAACAGUGAAUACAAGGAGUUGGAUAUUGCAAUUGUAAAAGCUACAAAUCACGUGGAAUAUCCUCCCAAAGAACGUCAUGUUAGAAAAAUAUUCUAUGCCACGUCAGCACACCAGCCAAGGGCAGAUGUGGCAUACUGCAUUCACAAACUUUCUAAGAGACUUUCCAAGACACGAAGUUGGAUAGUUGCUAUAAAGACAUUGAUAGUAAUUCAUAGAACUUUGAGAGAGGGUGAUCCUACCUUUAGAGAGGAGAUUCUUAACUACUCACGCAGGGGACAUAUUCUCCAAAUAUCCAACUUCAAAGAUGACUCAAGUCCUCUAGCUUGGGAUUGUUCUGCAUGGGUUCGAACCUAUGCAUUAUUUUUAGAAGAAAGACUUGAAUGCUUUAGAGUUCUUAAAUAUGACAUAGAAUCUGAGCGUUUAACAAAAUCAUCACCCGCUGUAAAUAAAGCACAUAGUAGAACUCGAUCAUUGGCUAAUGAUGAUUUGUUGGAACAAUUACCUGCACUACAACAACUUCUAUAUCGCCUUAUUGGUUGUCAGCCUGAAGGAUGUGCAUACAACAAUUAUAUAGUACAAUAUGCGUUGGCCCUGGUUUUGAAAGAGAGUUUUAAAAUAUAUUGUGCACUUAAUGAUGGGAUUAUCAAUCUUGUGGACAUGUUCUUUGAUAUGUCAAGACAUGAUGCAGUGAAGGCUUUAAAUAUUUAUAAAAGAGCUGGCCAACAGGCUGAGAAUCUUGCUGACUUCUAUGAAUACUGCAAAGGCUUGGAACUUGCUAGGAAUUUCCAAUUUCCAAUACUAAGACAGCCACCUCCUUCUUUCCUUGCAACAAUGGAAGAAUACAUUAAAGAAGCACCCCAAACAGGCUAUGUUAACAAGAGAUUGGAGUAUCAGGAAAAUGAUGAAUCGCCUAAAGAAGAUUCAGAAUCUAAUGAACCUGAAGAGCCUCAAGAAAAUGAGGAACAAGCUGAGGAAGUCAAUGAGGAAUCACCAGUAAUAGAAGAAGAAACACAACCUAAGGAAAAGGAAGUUGAGCCUCCUCCUUUGAUAUCAACAGAUGAUGCUAUAGAUGAUUUGUUGGGUCUUCAUGAAAUAAACCCAAAAGCUAUGGAAAUGGAGGAAAGCAAUGCUAUGGCUCUUGCAAUUGUACCACCCGGUGGAAAUAAUCCAAACAAUCUUGCCUUAAGUAACAUUGAAGGGACAAAUGGUUGGGAACUUGCAUUGGUUGCAACACCAAGUAAUCAUACUAGUCAAGCUGUUGAUCGCAAAAUGGCUGGUGGUUUUGACAAGCUAUUAUUAGACAGUUUAUAUGAAGAUGAAAAUGCUAGGAGACAACUUCAGCUCCAAAAUGCAGGUUAUGGACAUGGGGAAGCAAUGGACAUACACAACCCAUUUGAUCAUUAUAAUAACCAAAAUGAUCCAUUUGCAAUGUCUAAAAACAUAGCACCUCCACCCAAUGUGCAAAUGGCACUAAUGGCUCAACAACAACAACAGCAACAGCAAGAGCAACAAAUGAUGUUCCAACAACAACAACAACAAAUGAUGUACCAACCACAUCAACACAACAUGAUGAUGGUCCCUCACCAGCAACAACCAUAUAACCAAUAUCCUCAACAGAUGCAAGGUUCAAGUUCUCAUAAUCCAUUUGGGGAUCCUUUACCCGUACCAAACUAUUAUCAUAGUGCCAUGCCCCAAGAGGGAAAUUACAAUUUAAUGUAGAGUGUCUUCUUUGUCA